AUGAUGCAAGAAGUGGACGAGCUUAAAAUCAUCAACACCGUCCGUGACUAUACUUGUAUCAAGGAGUUCUUCGAGCGUUUUUCUUGUCAUCCAGCGGUUCCAGAUCAUAUUCAUUAUUUCUUUCCAAACCUGGACAGAAUUGCGGUUGCGAACUACAUUCCAACACCGGAAGAUCUUAUUCACAUGAGACAAACUACUCUCGGAGUUCAUGAGAUAUCGUUUGACUAUACCAAACAUACAAUUCGUCUCAUCGAUGUUGGGGGUCAAAAAACCGAACGUCGUAAAUGGAUUCACUUCUUCGAGGGAGUUACCGCGGUCAUGUUCACAUGCUCGUUGGCUUCGUUCAACCAAACGACCGAGGAAGAGCCAAAAUCUUUUGUGGAGGGAAACGGUCUACGAAAACAGUCGAUACCUGCUGUUCUUGUAUCAUCGUGGGAAUCGUCACUGAACAAAGUUCAAAACCGAAUAAUGGUCCGUUCUUCUGGCAAAGCGAGAGUCGAGAAACCAGGGAUGAUCAACCGUCUUGAUGAGGCCGUUGAGUUGUUCCGAUCGAUCCGCGAGAACCAUUUCCUCCGCACGUCAACCUUCAUGCUUUUUCUCAACAAAGUUGAUCUUCUGGCCAAGAAACUUUCGAUAAUCAGAUUCUCGGAAUACUUCCCGGACUACAAAAAAUGGAUCAACGGCGACAAUUCGGUGGCGUCUGUUGCUGAGUUCAUAGAAAGCAUGUUCCGCGAGGGACUUGAACCGGAUCAGAAGAUUUACGCACACUUAAUCCAGGCUACUGUAACCACCAACGUCGAAUUCACCUUUGCCUUGUGCUGUGACGUCAUAUUUGAGAGGAACCUUGAAGGAACAACUCUUGAAUAG